GAAAUUAUAAAAAGCAAAUUAUGAACAUGCCUUAGCUUUUAAAAAACUGAUGUAAUUAGGAAAAGCAAAUAAAUUUGGUUUACCAGAACCGUUUAAUUUAAAUUGUGAUAUAAACGAAUUUAAAGAUUAUGGUAUUGGAUUGUUUUUCUUUUUUUCUUUUAUAAAGAUAAUAGCAAUUUUUUUUUUAAUGGCCUCGUUGAUUGCUCUACCUUCUUUAUAUUCUAAUUAUACCGGAAAAGGCUUAGAUGUAUAAGGAAUAAAUAUAUUAUAGUAAUUUUCAAUUGCAAACCAACCACAAUUAAUAGCGAUUCUACCAAGUAUAAAAUUAACAGAUGAAUAAAAAAAUUAACUAUAAAAAUAAAAUGAUGAUAAUGUUUAAACAUUUGUAAAUGAAAUGAAUACUAGAAAAUAUUAUUUAUGGAUACCUGAUAUAGUUUAUAGUUGUUUAUUUUUAAUAAUUAUAUUUUAUUAUAGAAUAUUUUCAAUUAAAUAACUUCGUGCUUAUAAUGAAUUAAAUAUUUUUCCUAGCAGAUACGCUUUAGAAGUAAAAGGAUUUCCAAAAAGCACAAAAGACCCGAACGAUUUAAAGUUUUUUUUAAAUGGAGUUUUUUAAAUAUUUUAAAACGAUGAUUCUGGUUCUGAUGUGGUUGUUGAAGUUGCAUUUGCCCGAAAUUUUCAUGGAACUUUGUAUUUACAUUAAUAAGAGGCUCUUCUAUUAGAAAGAAAUGAAUUAGACGAUGAAAAAAAAAAGCUAGGUUUAUUAAAUCGCAAUUAAUAAUUAAUUUUGAAAAGAAAUAAAUAAAAAUUAAAAGAAAUAUAAGACAAAAUGAACGAAAUUAUCCAAAAAAAACUUAAUGGAAAUAUUCAAUAUGAAGAAUAUGAGACUAUAAAAGCCUAUGUAGUUUUUCAAACCUUUGAAUAUAGAAAAAAAGCAUUUUAAAUGUAUGAAAAAUACACGAACCCACAUUGGGUUUUUAAAUAUUUAUUAUGCUGUUUUAGACCUAAAAUGCCCUACAGUAUGAAAUUCAAUGGAAAAUACGAACUUAAAUUUUCAGAAAAUACUGAUUUACCUUCAAAUAUUAAAUGGGAAAAUUUAGAUAUUUAAAAAAGUAUAAAAAUAUAUAUAGAUGUGCGAUAUAUAAAAAGAUAAAUUGUAGCAUUUUUUACUAUAUUAAUAGUAAUGAGUUUAACUAUAUUUAUAGUAAUAGUUGCUAAUAUAGUAAGACCAGAAAAUCCUGAGUGUGUAAUAGUAAAUAUGAACUUUGAAUAAGUUUAAAAAUAAAAUGAUACUACUAUAACUAAAUGCUUUUGUAUUUAAUAAGAUAUUACUGAUAUAGCUUAAGACACAUCUUUAAGAAAUUUUUGUUGGAAUUAAUAUACUUAACAUUUAUUUACUAUGGCUUUGAUAAUAUUAUCGUCUUUUAUUAUUAUUUUUGUGAAUAUUUUACUGAGAAUUAUAGUUAAAAAACUAAGUAAAUAUUUACGUUUUCCAACUUUUUCAUAAGAGUCCUCAGUUACUGCUGUAUUGUUGUUUAUAUGUACUUUUAUUAAUACUGCCAUAAUAGUUUUAAUAUUAUAAGCAGAUAUAUUUGGAUUUAUACUUUCUAUAUUCAUAACAAAUCCUAUACCUCCCUUAAAAGAACUAUAAGAGUAAAAAAAAACUAAUUUUUCUUCUGAUUUUACGAGAAUAUGGUACAAAGAAGUUGGCUCAAAAAUCGUAUUCACAAUGUUAUUAACUACAAUAUCUCCGCAUUUAAUUAAUGCUUUAUUGAUUCCUAUAAAAAGAUGUAUUUUAAUAUCUAGAGCUAAGAAAGCCGUUUUAUAAUAAGAAAUGAAUAAAAUAAUAAUCGGUCCAGAAUUUGAUUUAGUGCCAUAUUAUGCAUCUGUAUUAAAUGUAACUUUUACAUGCAUGUUAUAUUCUUCCGGUCAGCCUAUAUUAUUAUUUUUUGGUUUUAUUUCAUUGUUUAUAUAAUAUUGGUGUUAUAAGUACUAAUUAUUAAGAUUUAACCAAAAACCUCCCUAAUAUGAUCAGUAAGUAAAUAAUACUAUUAUAAAAAUAAUUCCUUUAUGUCUAGUUUUACAUUUAGCUGUUGGUAUGUAUAUGUAUGGACAGCCCCUUAUUUUUCCUUAAGACUCUAAUUAAGUAAAAGUGAUUGUUUUAGAUUCGUUAAACUCCGAAGGAUAUAAUGAUGUAUAGAUUUUUUAGGAUUAAAAUGAUAUAAUACAAAAAAGGGCCUUUAAUAUAAUUUACUUAUUUUAUUUUUUAUGCUUUUUGAUUAUUUUUUUAGUUUUUGAUAUUAUUGUUUAUCCUAUAAUUAAAUUCUUCUUUUUAUCAGAUAAUAAAAAAUCGAAUCAAGUUAUUUCAAAGGAAGUUUCUAAUAUUCUUAGUUAUAAUAAUCAAUUGAAUAAAAUGAGAUUAAAAAUGAUUGUUUCUUAUGAUAUGUAAAAAAAUCCAACUUAUGGAGGAAUUGUUGAAGCUAUUAAUGAUGGAAGUAGUAAAUAUAGUAACUCUCCUAAAGGAUCAAUAAAAAUAUAAAAUUUUGCAAUGUAAGGUGUAAAAUAAAAUAUUAAUAAAAAAUCAAUGUUUGGAUAAGACUCUGUAUAGAAUUAAGGAAAUAAGAUUUAAACAUAAGAAAGAUGA